ACUUAAAUAUAGGCCAACUUGGGUUUACAUCAAAUUGGGAAAAAUCAUGUAAAAUAUAAUUCUAGUAAACCAAUUUGAUGUAGAUUCAAGGGAAUCGUUCGCGUAUACGUCGACCUGAAUAUGUUCUUAUAAUAAACAUUGUUAAUUAAACAAUUAAAAUCAGGUCGAUGUAAGCGUGAUGUUUCAGGGCUAGCUCGUACUAAAUAUCGGUGCUGGAAAUAUACAAAGGAGAUUUUUGAGCACGUACCCGCCGAUAAUUGGGACGAGCGGAAAAAUAUAAAAUGGUGUGCUGAGGACAGGGGUAGUAAGUCAGUCCAUCGAUGUGAGUCGUAUUAUACAGUCAGUAAUUCGCGUUAUCAGUCCGUUAGUAGAAGACAGCGCAGACUGAAGAUGUUCCUGAAAAACAACAAGCAAACAUCCAGAGAGAAUAAUGAACACAACAAAAUCUAGCACAUCGAUAAUGUUUGCAGCUUCGGGAGAUGGUAAACUCUUACCCGCAUAUGUUGUAUAUAAAGCGCAACAUAUUUACUCAUCUUAGGGAAUAGGAGGACCGCGUGGAAGUAGGUACAACCGUACUCGAUCGGGUUGGUUUGAUAGAAAUACGUUCGAAGACUGGGUCAACACUGUAGCUUUACCAUAUUUAAACAAACUGGAAGGAAGAAAAGUUUUAUUGGGCGAUAAUUUAGCAUCUCACAUUUCAGUAGAUGUAAUAAAAAAACUGAAAGAAAAUAAUAUUGAUAUGAUUUUCCUCCCUCCCAAUUCGACGCAUUUAGCACAACCCCUAGAUUUGUCUUUUUUCAGACCAUUAAAAAUAGCAUGGAGAGAAAUUUUAUUGAAAUGGAAAAAGGGGGAAUGGAGGAAGGAGUCUUCUAUACCGAAGUCCAAGAAAAAUAUUUUAUCUGGAUUCAAAAAAGGUGGCAAUGUACCCCUUAAUAGGCAAGAAGUAUUAAGAUGUUUACCGGAGGAGCCUAUUGAAGUUGAAGAUGUGGAGAUCGAAGCAGCAAAUAAUUCUAUAUUAGAUCUAUUGAAGGAGUUGCGCUACACGCCUGGAAAGAGAAUCCAGUUUGAUUCGGAAUCAGACUCAGCUUCAAGUAAUAUUUACAAUGCCGAAACAGCUAAUAAUAUCGAAUAUGAUGAGCAUGAAAGUGAUCAGAGUAUGGACUUUGAGGAACCUGAAGAUACUUCACCAUCACUAUCACCAUCACCAUCACCAUCCUGUAAUAAAUAUAGUGAUAUGCUAUCUCAAACUGAUAUUAAUGUAGGAGACUGGGUUUUAGUUAAAUUUCCAGUAGAUAAGAAAAUGCAAAUAUUAAGCAAAGGGUUUAUAUAGGAAAAGUUACCCAAAAAGAUGGUCCAUCCAUUUUGAGGGAACAUUUUUGCGAAAAAGACCCUCUGCAAGAGAAAAACUGGGAAACAUAUACGUUUUUCCAAAUAUUGAAGACAGAAGUGACUUUACUUCACACCAAAUAAUUAAAAAACUAAACAAAUGGUCAGAACGCAGAGGAAUAUUUAACUUUGAAAAUAUUGACACCCAAAAAUUUGAGAAACUUUAAAUUGAUACGGACAUAUUACCUAAUACCUAGUACAUAACAGAAAAUAAGUAUAUAUUUUUAUUUGUCCUAUAAUUGUUUAAGUGUAUUUCGGUAUAUUUUCUAUAUUUGUAUGAUUUAUAUGAUGUCAUAGACACAAUGGUAACAAUACACAAUAUAUACAACUUAAAUUCCAUACAUAC